CCUCCCUCGGGAGCCAUGGCGGGGGGCAGAGGGGCUGGGGCUCAUGGACCACAUUUGGUGCAAUCAGCCACACGUAACUGCUUCCUCCGAAUUGCUGGCUUACAACAGGAAGUAGUGUGCCUUCAGCAUCGGCGUCUCUGGCUGGCUGGUGUCUUCCCAGACCUGCCGCAGCAGCCUGGUAAAGAGCAGAGCCGAAGCCCAUCCCAGCCCAGCCGGGACGCCCCUGCCGAGGUCUCCGGGGCAUCAAGCGGGGACAUGCUGCGCCAGCGCUCCCUGCUGCUCACCCUGCUGGGUCUGCUCUCCCUCGGGUCCGCCCUCUCCCAGGAAUGCAUCGGAUACAAGGUCAGCACCUGCCGGGACUGCAUCAAGUCAGGGCCUGGCUGCACCUGGUGUCAGAAGCUGAACUUCACCCGUCAAGGGGAGCCCGACUCCCAUCGCUGUGACACACGGGAGCAGUUGCUACAGAAGGGCUGUGUAGCUGACGACAUCAUGGACCCCAGGAGCAUUGCCGAGACCCAGCAGGACCAGAAGGGAGGCCAGAAGCAGCUGUCCCCACAGAAAGUGACCGUCUACCUGAGACCAGGUCAGGCAGCAGCAUUCAACGUGAACUUCCAGCGGGCCGAGGGCUACCCCAUCGACCUGUACUACCUCACGGACCAGUCCAACCCCCUGCUCAAUGACCUCAUCCACGUCAAGAAGCUGGCAGGCAACCUAGUGCAGGCCCUUAAGGGAAUCACCGAGUCAGGCCACAUCGGCUUAGGGUCCCUCGUCAACACGCACCCUGAGAAGAUGCAGAACCCGUGCCCCGACCAGGAGAAGGCGUGCCAGCCCCCACUCGCCUUCAGGCACGUGGUGAAGCUCACCGACUCCAACCAGUUCCAGACAGAGGUCGGGAAGCAGCUGAUUUCUGGACACCGGGAUGCCCCCCAGGACGGGCUACACGCCCUGAUGCAAGUGGCUGCAUGCCCGGAGGAAAUCGGCUGGCGCAAUGUCACGCGGCUGCUGGUGUUCGCCACGGACAAUGGCCUCCCUUUUGCGGGCUCCGGGAAGCUAGGCACCAUCCUGACCCCCAAUGGCAGUCGCUGCCACCUGGAGGACACCACGUACAAACGCAGCAACGAAUUCGACCACCCAUCGGUGCGCCAGCUGGCCCAUAAACUGGCUGAAAACCACAUCCGGCUCAUCUUUGCUGUGACCGAGAGAAUGGUGAAAACCUAUGAGAAGCUCACUGAGAUCAUCCCCAAGUCUGCAGUCGGGACGCUGUCGGAAGACUCCAGCAACGUUGUCCAGCUCAUUAAGGCCGCCUACGAAAAACUCUCCUCCAGAGUCUUUCUGGAGCACGGCACCCUCCCUGACACCCUGAGAGUCACCUACGACUCCUUCUGCAGUAACGGGGUGUCGAAUGUGAACCAGCCCAGAGGGGACUGCGACAAUGUCCGGAUCGGCAUCCCGAUCACCUUCCAGGUGAAGGUCACAGCCACCGAGUGCGUCCAGGUGCAGUCGUUUGUCAUCCGGGCCCUGGGCUUCUCGGACACGGUGACCAUGCAGGUCCUGCCCCAGUGCGAGUGUCAGUGCCGCGACAUGAGCCGGGACCGCAGCCUGUGCCGGGACAAGGGCUCCGUGGAGUGCGGCAUCUGCAGGUGUGACGCUGGCUACAUUGGGAAGAACUGUGAGUGCCAGACGCAGGGCCGGAGCAGCCAGGAGCUGGAAGGAAGCUGCCGCAAGGACAGCAACUCCCUCGUCUGCUCGGGGCUGGGGGACUGCGUGUGCGGGCAGUGCAUUUGCCACAAGAGUGACGUGCCCAACAAGGAGAUCUUCGGGCAGUUCUGCGAGUGCGACAACGUCAACUGCGAACGCUACGACGGCCAAGUCUGUGGGGGCGAGAAGCGGGGAACCUGCAACUGCGGCAAGUGCCAGUGCAAGGAGGGCUUCGAGGGCUCGGCGUGCCAGUGCCCACGGUCCACUGAUGGCUGCCUGAACCAGCGCGGGAUAGAGUGCAGUGGUCGUGGCCGGUGCCGCUGCAACGUGUGCGAGUGCGACGAUGGCUACCAGCCGCCCCUGUGCCAGGACUGCCCGGGCUGCCCGUCACCUUGUGGCAGCUACAUCUCCUGUGCCGAGUGCCUGAAAUUCAAGAAGGGCCCCUACGAGAAGACCUGCAGUGUGGAGUGUAAGAACCUGACGCUGCUGCAGGAAGCCCCUUCGGUGAAUCGGCAAUGCAAAGAGCGGGACUCGGAGGGUUGCUGGAUGACGUACACCCUGCGUCAGCGGGACGGGAUGCACAGCUAUGACAUCCACGUGGAGGAUACGCGAGAGUGCGUGGAGAGCCCCAACAUCGCUGCCAUCGUCGGGGGCACUGUGGGGGGAGUUGUGCUCAUUGGCCUCCUCCUGCUGAUCAUUGGGAUAUCCCUGAUCUACCUGAGCAAGUUGAGGAAGUAGCCGUUUCAAGACGGAGCAGCUCAAGUCCCAGUAGGACAAAGACGAUGCCCUUUUCAAGAGCACCACCAUGACAGUCAUGAACCCUAAGUUUGCUGAGAGUUAGGAUGCUUGGUGAACAAGGCCACCUGAACCACUCAGAUGGGACCACCCCACACCACACCCCUCCAUCAGGCCGGAUGUGACCUGCCUCCUGACGUGGCUUAUGACACUUUGACAGUUUCAUCCAUUAACCAAAAAUCCACUAUGCUUUUCUCUGCCCUCAAAUGACUGAUAUGGCCAGGUGAAUACAUGGACUCAUAAGAAGGGACAGCCUCCCCUCCUGAUACGUACGACCUUUUCAGAGAGACUUCAAAAAGGAAUUGCUUGAGUCUUAUAAGGUUAAAUAUGUGUUUUCCUGUGUGAAAAUCAGGACGGUGUCUGAUUAAAGGUGGUGCAAUUUUAUUUCUAUUUGAACCUAUCACGGUGUAAGAUUACAUCCCAUUGUUUAUAGUGUUCCUCAAUCAAGUGUAUAGAAAAAGAUCAAUAAAACUCUCAUGGAAGCUGUC